CAUGAACAUCUAUAAAAACCCCACUUCGAUACAAUCUCACGUUGUCUUUGCUUAUACGCCUCAUAUUAGAUUGAGUCAAACAAAUUAGUCAAAACACUUAUAUCUCUUUUCUUUCCAAGUCAUCUAGGUCUUGUCUUCAUCUUCUGUUCCAAGGUCUCUAAUCAUAUGUGUGAGGGAGAAUCUGUUUAACUCAUUUGGGGUACAGAUCUAUAUUUGACCCACCAGCAUAUAUUCAAACGCGAAUAAUCACAAAAGCUCUAUACUAUAUUAUACAAACAGCAUAUUCAGCCAGAACAUGGAGGUCUUUCAAUGGCUCUUCAAGUUAGGAAAGGAAAUAGGAAAAUCAGAGCCAUUCUCAUCCAAUGGUACUGCUCAUGAAGCCGCUACAACUCUAACAAAUCGCAGAACAAGAAAGUCAUCAACAAGAGGGUCUAAACAUAAAAACCAGAGGAAUUACAGAAGAAUAUGGUUAUGGUGUCAAAAAGAUGUAGCUGACGCUUGUUUCUAUAGCACACUGAAUUUAAAAAGACUUGGCAGCUUGAGAAGAGAACAUUUGUUUCGUGCCAUGGCGAAAAUGAAGGCACAAGUAGGACAAGAAAAAGAAGUACCACUGACAACGUUUGAUCCGAAAAAGGCUAUCAGAGCCUUGGAACCGGAGGAACAUGAAGAAAGCAACAAAGAGAAGGUGAACAGCGAGCAGACAAAAGCUAAAAGUAAGGCCACGCUUUCAAGGAUGAAGGAGCUUAUUAGAUGGGCUGCAGCAGCAAAAUCCGACAAAGCUGCCAAAUUCUUUACCCCUAAGAUAAUGGAGUUUAGAAACCGAAGAAAGUUGAAGACAAUGAAAGAGGCGAAUGAAGAAUCAAAAAGAAUUAGUAGUGCCAGUAUAAGUUUGAGAUGGGAGAGUAGCGAGAGUCGCACAACUUUAUCUUCCUCUGAUCAUAUCUCCAUAGUUUCUGCACCAGCAAUCUUCGAUUCCUUGGGUCCUACGCCACCCUAUCGAUGUAGAUCCAGGAAAGGCAACUGGAUCACUACUGAUUCUGAAUUUGUGGUGUUGGAGUUAUGACAAGAAGAUACAUGUGGAUGGCGACAAUGACAAGUGCAACCAAUUGAUUCCUUCGUCGCAAUAUCAUUUGUGGUUAAUUUAUAAUUAUUUUUGUGUAAUUUCAGUUUAAUUUUAUAUAAUUCAUACUAGAUGAUCGGUUUAUGUGAUGCCUAAAUAUGAGAAACAGAGAAAGUAAAUAAAUGUUUUCAAAUUCUA